UCAAACUCAAAUCAAAUCCUUAAACCCACCUAAAACCUUCAAGAAGAGAUACUUCCCGCAAGUGGCAAACCAAAAGGUCCAAAACUUAAAAUGGUUUCUCAUACUCUUUUGGUUCUGUCGAUAUCUCUUUUUGUUGGUUUGAACAUAUUGCUUGUUGUACACGCUAAAGAUUUCAACCAAGACAUCGACAUAACCUGGGGUGAUGGUAGAGGAAAUAUUGUAAACAAUGGUACUCUUCUAAACCUCUCUCUCGAUCGAUCUUCGGGAUCGGGGUUUCAAUCGAAAGCCGAGUAUUUGUACGGAAAAGUUGAUAUGCAGAUCAAACUUGUCCCGGGAAAUUCUGCCGGUACCGUGACCACCUUCUACUUGAAGUCUCAAGGAUUAACAUGGGAUGAAAUAGAUUUCGAGUUUUUGGGGAAUGUUAGUGGAGAUCCAUACAUUGUUCACACUAAUGUUUACACUCAAGGCCAAGGUGAUAGAGAGCAACAGUUCUACCUUUGGUUCGAUCCUACAGCUGAGUUCCACAACUAUUCUAUUCUGUGGAAUCCGAGUCACAUAGUGUUCUAUGUUGAUGGGAAGCCAAUUAGAGAAUUCAAGAAUUUGGAAGCAAUGGGUGUGGCUUAUCCAAAGAGCCAACCCAUGAGAAUGUACGGUAGUCUAUGGAACGCAGACGACUGGGCCACAAGGGGAGGCCUUGUCAAGACAAACUGGUCACAGGGACCAUUCGUAGCCUCUUUCAUGAACUACAACUCCGAGAAUGUGUGUGGCUGGUCCACUGAUAAUGGAACCACGACCACUACCCCUUGUAGCCCUGGUGGCUCGAAGUCUUCUUCUUCGAGCAGUACUAGUGAGUGGUUUUCGCAGAGAGGGAUGGAUUCUUCAAGCCAAAAAGCUCUUAGAUGGGUCCAGAAGAAGUUCAUGGUUUACAAUUAUUGUAAGGACAAGAAACGGUUUUCUAAGGGUUUGCCAGUCGAAUGCACUGCCAAAAACAAAAACAAGAACACUAAGUCUUGAGCAUUUAAAGAAUUUUAGGGUCUUGAUUUAUGUUAAGAUCAUUGGUCGUGAUUUGUUCAUUGUUUGGGUUACGAGAAAGUUUCUGUGAUAUUUUUUUUUUAAUGGCAAAUGGUAAAAGAGCUAAAACUUUGGGACUGA